AUGGCGUCCACCCAGCCCUCGACCGGAAACACUGGCACGGCGUCUUCGCCCACAAGCGCUCCGACGCGCAGCGCCUUUGACAUUUGGGCCCUCGGCAUCACCAUCGUCAUUGGCGGUCAGUACUUUUCGUGGAACGCUGGCCUCGUCGCCGGCUUUUACAGCUACUUUGGCGCGCUCCUGCUCAUGUCAACCGCGUACGUCACGAUGGUGCUCUGCCUCGCCGAGGUCUCGAGUACGCUGCCGUUUGCUGGCGGCGCGUACGGUAUCUCGCGCUGCUCGCUCGGGUUUUACUUUGGCUUUAUCAUUGGGUGCUGCGAAGCGCUGGAAUAUUUGGCGUACGUGGCAACCUCUGUGCUCACGAUGGCCCAAAUGUUCGUCGUCGCCUAUCCAUCUCUCGAUGGGUACGAGCCGCUGACGUGGCUGUGCAUCCAUGUUGCCAUCGUGGCUAUCCACCUGCACGGUGGUCCGCUCUUUUGGCAGGUCAACCGUGCCCUUGCCCUCGUAUCGAUCGGUCUCCUCGUGCUCUACAUCAUUGGGGCCUUUGCCAUUGCCGACUGGAGCGUCAAUACAUCAUCGUCCCUCAUGCACGCGAGCGAUGGAGCUACUUGGAUGGAAAUGUUGCCGCUAACGGCAUGGUUUUUUGUCGGUGUCGAGUCGCUCAAUUUGGCGAGCGAUGACGUGGCCGCCCCCAAGAGCACGAUCCCAAAAGGGCAAAUUGCCUGCGUCUUGACAUUGGUCGUGACGGGCUUCAUGACGUACAUAACCUCGGCGUUUGCACCACCGGGAUUGGCCGACCUCAGCCAAGCGGUCGUGCCAUUGAACGCGGGGUACAUGCGCAUCUUUCACAUCUCGGCGGCGUCCGCUUGUCUCCUAUCGAUUCCUGCGACGUACGCGACCAUCUUUGGCUUUGUCUACUCGUUCCAGAAGCUCACGACAGCCAUUGCAAGCUCCAAGCUCCUGCCCGCGAUCUGCUGUGUGCGGUCGUUCCGACACCACGCCAUCACGCUUCUCAUCGGCUGCAGCAUUAGCUACGCGAUCUGCCUCAUGACGUGGGCAGUGCCGUCGAUGAGCCGGCACAUUUUCCCAGUGUGCAUUCUCAGCGCCAGCUGCACGUACGCCGCGCAGUGCGUUGGGUACCUCUACCUCCGCGCAAAGUUCAAGCACUUGCCGAGGGAGUUUACGAGUCCACUGGGCGUGUUCGGAGCCGUCUUUUCGCUCUGCGUCUGGGUGCUCAACGCCGUGGCGCUAAUGGCGUUUCAAAACGACGGCGGCGCGGCCGUGCUGGCGUUCCUCUGCGUUGGCGGCCUCCUUACUGUCUACUACUAUGGCUAUGCCAAGUCGCGCCAGACGUUUUCCGACGAAGAGCGCAAGGUGUUGUUUGUUGCCCACAUUGCUAUUUUCAACCAAGCCCGCGCCAAAGGCAAGAAAAAUAAAUCCAGUGGCGGACCCUCCAAGCAGUCCAAGAUUGAAAAGGCAUCGGCCAAAGUCCUCUCGUUCAAACUGCCAUCGGGCUCGUCCAAGCGCGACUUGAUCAAGACCGUGUCGGUCUCGUCGUCGCGCAAAAUAGUACCGAAAGGGACUGCUCCAGACUCCUAA